AUGCAGCAAGCUGGAAAGCCCGCGGCUCGAAGCCUGCACGGUUGCUGGACUUGCCGCGUUCGACGCAAAAAGUGCGACGAGCGCAGGUCCGUCUGCACGCCCUGCGCGUCGCUAGACCUAGAAUGCCACGGCUACGGCCACAAGCCCGCUUGGAUGGAUAAUGGCGCCCGGCAGAGGGAGAAGGCGCUGUUCUUUAAGCAGAUUGUCUGCGAGAAAAAGGCCAAAAAGGGUAGGCAACGCGCCCAGACCGUCUUCAUUGCCCAGUCCCCUCAUGACGCGUUUGGCGCCAUGCAGGCGGAUGUUGCCGCCAACAUGAUGGACCUGCACAGCGCCUGCGCGAUGCCGCCGACGGAGUUGAGCUUUGAGCAGAUGCACGCGCAGAAUUUAGCCAUGGCGGCAGUGGCUGACCCGGCCGAAUGGAGCACGGCACCAUCCAGCGACAUCACCACCGAGUCGGCAUCGCCCUUUUUUGGCGGCUCCAACGACUACUCGCCUAACUCGACAGGUCUUUACCAUAGCAUGGACGCGGGAUCCGGUCCCAUGUCUUCAGCGUUUUUUGCGGACACAUCCGGUCCGGAAUCCUCGAAUCUCCUUGGGUUCUCAGAUGCAGAGGUGUCAUGGGGAGACAUCUUGACUGGCUUCGAUGAGUUCCUCGACACAGCCUUUCAUAAAAACGACGUGUCUGCAGGAUACGCAUUGCCAAGCGAAGCCACGGGGCCGCAGAACAGCGUGACGCAACAAGCGCCAGUCGCCGCUGCGGCCUUGUCCGCAUGGCAACCAGCCAAGGACACGUCCGAGGAAGAGGUGCCCGAGGAAGAAGCCGAGGAUGUCAUAUUCAUGCACUUUCUAGACCAGGUGUUUUAUCUGCAGUACCCGUACUACCUGUCGCGCGACGGCCGCGAACGGGGCUGGCUGUUUUCGAUACUGCGGCGCGUAAAGCCAGCCUACUACGCCACGCUGGCGCAGAGCGAGCGUCAUUUCCUGGCAACAGUGCCGCAUAUCAACGGUAUCGCCAACAGCUUGGCGCGACGGCGUGCGGGAACGACAUACUAUGAGCUGGCCAUCCACGGGAUGCGGUACAUUAUGGCGGGCAUCAACGGGCGUACGAGCCUAGUGCAGAGCAUCGAGGCGUUGACAUCACUUUUGCAAUUACUGUUUUUGGAGGGUUUCAUGGGCGGGACAGAAAACUGGAAAGAUCUGCUACGGGCUGCAGCGACAUUAGUGCCUGCGCUGAUUACCGCCCGACAGUCCACGACGCCUCAGAAGGGUGACGACAUGUGCAGUCGCAAACAGAAUCGUCAUGCGGGACUAUCACCAGAGCUUGGUCGAGCAUGCUGCGUGAUGCUCGGUUCGUUUGUCUCCCUCGACAUCAUUGCCGCCGCAUCCACGCGAGGCGAGCAUUUUCUGGACAUUGACCACGUCAAGGAGCUCGAGAAUCUAGGCACCUCUGUGCAGAGUAUGAUGGGAUGCAGCAAUUCGACCAUGGCGCUCAUCUGCCAAAUCUCAGCACUGGAGCGCUGGAAAAAAGAUGCGCAAGCCGCCCACAAGUUGUCUGUUGUUGACCUCGUUAGACGCGGAGCCAAAAUCGAAGAUCAGCUGCGCCAGGAAAUGGUGGGGAGCACAGGAGUAUCAGCCGAAGCCGGGCUAUCGCGGGAAUCGUCGUCGGAGCUGCCGGCGCGCCCAACACACCCCGCAGUCAACAGGGUGUAUGUGCUGGCCGGCACCAUUUACCUGCACUCCAUCCUGUCAGGGGCGCACCCGCACCUGCCGGAGAUUAAGCAGGCCGUGGCGGCGGUUCUUGAGGCGCUGAUGGAUCUGCGGAGCUCUGUGCUGCUGCAGAGCCUCUCGUGGCCGUUUUGCGUGGCGGGCUGCCUGGCGACGGAGGAUCAGUACAGCUCGUUUCGGCUCCUGUUCUCGGCCACGGCGUCGUGGGACGCGACGAAUGGAACUUGGACAGAGGCGUGCAGGAUUAUCAAGGAUUGCUGGUCAAGGAGGAGCAAUUCGGAUGAGGACUGCGACUGGGCAUUCAUUAUGGAUCAGGAUGGACGUCAUGUUUUACUUCGAUGA